UAAAACUGUAAUUAUUUAAGUUUUUAUAACAUUUGAUAUCAACAGACUAAAAGUAAUCGGCAGCAUUUAGGCUUCGCGACCCAGUUAGCACAAAUACCAUCCGUUUUUCUACCAGUAAAUAAAGAGGAAUUCGCAAUUGCCUCUAAUUGAAUUAGCGUCGUGUAAAUGAUUGAACUUGUAUACAUAUGUACCUUUGUGUCAACAUUAAAUCCGGAACCGUGUUGAAACUAAUACGGACACUCGUUUUAAACUGAUAACUGUAAGGACAACUUGUGUCUCGGCUUUCCAUUGUCUAUUGCAUCAACAUUGGACUUGGGCGCGGUAUGCAUCUUGCUCCCCUUGGUACGUUGAAGAGCGACAAAUCGUGUUUUGACAAACAAAUAAUACUGUAAAACUCAUUUGCGUUCUGACGCGUCUGAUGAGCAACAUGUCUCUGCUGGCCUACGACGGCAUCGAAGACGGCAACUUCAGCGACACGGAGACAGAUGCAACCAUUGAUUUUACGGCGAUGCUAAUGGAUCCCCACAACGAUUGCAAUAACAGCUGGUUUGACUGUGAAAGUAAAUUACAAUCGCAGUCGCAGCAUGAUCAGAGUUACUAUCUGGGACAGUAUGUGCUAGGAGUCCUCGACUAUAGUUCACAGUAUGGUAUUGACUAUAGCAUAUCCUAUACGGCGACCAACGUCAUUGGCAGGCCGACUAAGUUUCCCUCGUAUGGCGACUACCCAGAGACCUUUACAAUGCGAACCUAUGGUGACUGGUGGCAGCGCGCGCCAUCAUCAACGCGUGAGGUUCAACCACAGAAUCUCCCAUCGCUGCCCACACAUGAUUUUAUUGUUGUUUGUUUCGAGAAGUUUGUAGUACCCACUGAAGUGGCCAUCUUUGAGACAUUUAACCCGGGUGGCGUAGUGCGCAUCUGGGCGUAUAGCAUUACCAAGCAUUGGACCUGCCUAUGGGAGGCAAAAAACAGUGAUAUGAUUCAGCCUCCAAGCAACUAUCCACGUAAUUCUCGCCGUUUUGCACCACCUCUAAAAAAGAGCAACUUUAUAACCAAAACGUUGCGUAUUGAGUUUAAUCACAGUCAGCUGAAUUACUACACCGAGAUCGAUGCUAUAAUGUUGUGCGGUCGAUCUGUCUCAAUGGGUUGUAUGCAGCAGCUUAUAUCGCCAAUAGGACAAAAACUUGAUAACUCUAAGGAAGAUACUAGCAGUGGACCCAUCAUUUGCAAAUUGCGGACCCUGAAUUUCCAACCUAGUUGCAGGGAAAACUAUGCCGUCAAAUUACAUGAUUUUAUAAACAACGACUUGAGCCAGUUUCUAAUGGAGAAUAAUAUAAAAUCUAGACAACAAUUAAAUAGCAGCAUUUUUCUAACGGAUCUUCCGUUUGAAAUCCUGUUAAAAAUACUCAGUUACCUGGAUCUGAAGUCGCUGUUCCGCAUGGGUCAUGCAUCGCGUUUAUUCUAUGACAUUUCCACACAUCCACUGCUUUAUGGCGAACUUAGCCUAAAACCAUAUUGGCAGUUGACUAAUUCCAAACUAUUAUGUACGCUGGCUCGACGCGCCACGAUGUUGCGAAAAUUGGAUUUAUCGUGGUGCGGCGGAUUUGGUGAAGUCUCUCCUACCGAGUUCAAGAAAUUUCUGACUCAACGAGGAGACAAUCUAACCCACUUGCGACUAAAUUCUUGUAAAUUUCUUAAUGCUAGCUGCAUUGAGACAGUAGGCAUAGUUUGUGAUAAUCUGACAGAGCUGAGCCUACGCAACUGUGCUAUCGAUCCACCAUUGCUGAAUUUUUCGUGUCUGGCCAAUCUUAAAAAUUUGGAGCGACUUGAUCUCUUCCAAACUGCCUUUGAGUCGGAGCUACUACUAAGCAUGCUCGAGGGAAACCGCAAGCUAAAGCAUCUCAAUCUAGCCUUCUGUGGUGUUUCGGUAAACAUGGAUAACGUCGCAACACAUCUGGCCACCUACAAUACACAGCUUGUAUCGCUGGAUAUGUGGAAAGCGCAUUUUUUAACUACGCGCGGUCUGCAAGCACUAGCCCGCUGUCAGCAUCUUGAAGAGUUGGAUCUUGGAUGGUGCUUGCGGGAAGCUACAUUGGGCGAUAGCCUUAACCAACUUCUAUCUAAUUGUCCCAAACUGAAAAAGCUUUUUCUGUCAGCAGUACGAGGGAUUACAGAACGUGAUCUCAUAAAUAUUGCAACGCUAGGAAAAAAUCUCGAACAAUUAGAUCUAAUGGGCAUUUUAAAUAUAACUCACGAACGCGUUUAUGAUAUUCUGAUGCAUUGUACAAAGCUUCAAUUGCUGGAUCUAAGCUUUUGCGACAGCAUUAUGGAUCGCGAUUUCGAUGUAAUCGCGAACUGGUCGCGACUCUUUAAUGUUGAAAUCAAGAGUAGCCGUAUCUACGAUGCUAGAUAGUCGAAUGGAAAAGUUAAAUGCUUUAUAUAAUAAUACCUUAAGUCACCAAGUAGCUAUUUUUGUUUUCUACAUAAAAUAUGUUAGCAUUACAAUCAGGGAAUAAUAACAGAACCGGUACCGUAACUGUUAACCGAAAUUAACCGUUUAAUUUUGAGUACCGGAACCGAAAUAAAUUUUUUAAUAAGAAGGAAAAACCAAAACCUUUGUACCGGUACGCUUUCGGUACACUUUUUCAAAAAUUA